AUGGUGCGUUCAAAAACGAAGGUUAAUAAAGCAAAAGAGACUUUAAUCACGGUUAAAAAUAGGCAAACUGGUCCGAAAGGAACCACACGAGAACAUGCAAUGAAAAAAUUACCUGAAGAUGAGAAUGAACGUAACAAAAGCAUUGAAGUUCUGGCGGACCUUGUGGCCACUAAACAUAUAAUAGAACCGACGAUGUUUUUGAAAUUAUGGAUAUGUUUGAUUGAAUGCCUAAAGAUGUCCACAGUAGCAGAUAUGCCCUGUACUAUUAGUAAUCUUAUGGCCGUUAUCAAUGACUUAAAUUUAAACCCGUUUGUCAAGUCGUUUUGGAAGGCUGUGGAAAGAGAAUGGAAUAACGUUGAUAGUCAUAGGGCAUUUCUUACAAGGAUUUCUCGUGAUAGUGAGAGUAAGUCGUCAAUGCAUUCCUUAACAAUAUUGGAAUCGUCGUUAAGUUCAAAGACCCCUGAUGGGGUUAAAUACCAUUUGUGUGAUGUUUACGUCGACGAAUUGGCUUUCGUAGGAACUUUGGUUAAAUGGAAAAUACCGAUGGCGCAACUGCUACGUCCUUUCCAAUCACUUCUUGUUAAAAGUCAAAAUAAGCACCUAAUAAAUAAAAUAUCGGAAGAUGUGCUUGAAAAAAUAUUAACCGUUAUUCCGAUUGGUGAAGGGGCGCGUCACAUCAGACUUGAACUAACAAAAAUCGUAAAUAAGAUGAUUCAAAUUAUUAAUGAUGACAAUAUGUCUGCAAGAUGUAGAAAUCAGGCGAAGAUAAUUGCACAAAAAUACCUUCAGACUAUUACUGAAAUUACUGAUAAAUUGUCCGACAAUGCUGCAGAAGAAAUAGAAGAAAUGGACGAAGCCUCCAGAUCAGACUCUGAAACACCAAAUUUGUUAAGAGAUAUAUCCAGAAUCAAUAGAUCCCAAAGACCUUCGAAGUCCAUUAGCUGGGGUGUUAAUGUUACACGAGAGUACGUUAAAGAUAGCACGGUCCCAGCGAAUACUUUGAUCACACCAUCUACCCCACCCCGAAGUAUUCUUAAGCGUAGGCAUGGUUACGAAGAGGGUGCUGAUUAUGAAAUUUAUAGAAUGUCCGAUUUAGCUUUAUUAAAGCCUGCGAAAAAGUUUCGUGAAGACAAGGAUAAAUGCUGA